AUGACUGAGCAGGAGCCCGGCCAGCCACAUCAAGGCGCCAGCUUCAUCCAAGCGCUGGAUAUAGUUUAUCACCAGCUGAAAGCAGCGCACGAGCGCGAGCUUCAGACGCUUCAGCAAAACGCAACGCAGCGACCGCUUGAGGCCAAGGAAGCGCUGACUGCACCGCCUGCAGAGAAGUUGAAGCAUCAGGCCUCCUUGAGCAGGGCCCACCUGGAUGAUCUGCUGCAGCCACCCCCGAAGACGUGCAGCGGCGAAGGCUUCUGGGCGGGCAUGCAGCACAUCACACAGUUCCAGCGCUCGCAAAGCCUAGCCCAGGGCGGCAAGGGCAAGGCCAAGCCACCAGUAACUCGCAUCGAAAGGCUGGUCGCGCGGCCAUCGUUUCAGAUCUGGUGCUCUGUGGUCAUUCUGAUGAACUGCCUCCGUGUUGCCUUCUACACUGAGAAUUCCUAUGCUCGACUGGACGGUCUCGAGAAGGGCGUGACCAACUUCUGGUUCGACGCGCCCUUCGCGGUUUGGUUCUGCUUUGAGGUGUGCCUCAGGAUGUACGCGGCUGGAAUUCGUUCUUUCUACUGCGAUGAAGACAAGUAUUGGAAUAUCUUCGACACCCUGCUCGCCCUGGAGUCGGCUCUUUCGCUGAUGAUGCGUUUGACCACCGCGAGGUUCUCGGCUUUGCGGGUCCUUUGCAUUUUCCGCGUGGCACGGCUGGUGAAGCACAUGGACAUGGUCCAGGGAUUGCGGCGGAUGCGCGCGGUGUUUAUUGCCCUCUCAACUUCCGUGCAUGACUUUGCUUCGGCUGCCGUUGUGGUUGGUGUGGUCCUCUUCGCCUAUAGUGUGUUUCUGUCCAUGGCUGCGGCGAGCUACUUUGAGCGCAUGGACCAGCUGAACUCCGAGCAGCCGCUGAGCGCUGAGCAACUCCAGGAAGUCGCACAGGUCGUUGAGACUUUCGGAUCUUUGCCUAACAUGAUGGUGUCACUAUGGGCAGCAAUCAGCGGCGGCGAUGACUGGAUGAGUUAUGGCGACUUGCUCAAGAAAAUGGAUCCAGCGCACCGAUAUUUCUGGACGUUUGUGUGCUUCACUGCCUUCAGCGUAGUUGGCUUACUCAAUGUGGUCACAGGCGUCUUCGUGGACAGUGCUGUGAGUGCUGCCGAAGCUUGCAAAAGCGAGGAUGAGGUUACAGCGUCACAGCGAAAAGAAGAAGAGGUGGAGGAGAAAAAACUGAAGGCGGUGCUGGUAAAAGCGGACGAGGAUGGCAGUGGCCAUAUUACCUCGGAGGAGCUAGACGAGCAUUUGGCCGAGCGCAAUAACCAGGCCCUUUGGAGCCACCUCGGCUUCGCCCCGAAGCAGGUGAAGAUGAUCUUCAAGCUGAAGGAGCGUUGGGCACAGAAUCGCGAGGGCACCGACAAAGUGGAUGAGCUCCUAUUUUUUAUGCGGAAGUGCAAGGGUCCAGCAUCCCACGUUGACAUACUCAGCCUGAUGUAUGACCACAUGCAGCUUGCAACCUCGAUGCAAGGGAACUUCACCGCGCUGCAGAAGAGCAUUGACAAGCUGGAGCAAAAGCUGGGGGCUUCUGGCCAAGAAUCAGAUGAGCUGAUCGACUUCUCAAUGUGA